CUUCCAGGUUGGACUGUUUUUGUUCUGAUAAUUAAAAUGGGGGGAGGAUUCAGAGUUCUCCAUCUUGUUAGACCAUUUCUGUCCUUUCUACCUGAAGUGCAGAGUGCAGACAGGAAGGUCCCAUUUAGAGAGAAAGUAAUAUACACUGUGAUCUCUCUCUUUAUUUUCCUGGUCUGCAGUCAACUUCCGCUUUAUGGAAUACAUUCCACUACUGGAGCAGAUCCUUUUUACUGGAUGCGUGUUAUUCUCGCCUCAAACCGUGGGACUGUCAUGGAACUUGGGAUUACUCCCAUUGUGACAUCUGGCUUGGUGAUGCAACUCUUAGCUGGGUCGAAGAUCAUCGAAGUGGAUAACAAUGUCCGUGAAGAUCGGGCCCUCUUAAAUGGUGCUCAGAAGCUGUUGGGCAUACUUAUUGCCGUUGGUGAAGCGGUCGCAUAUGUUCUGUCUGGGAUGUAUGGUAGUGUCGGCCAACUUGGAGUAGGCAAUGCAAUUCUAAUCAUUAUUCAGCUUUGCUUUGCGGGUAUUAUUGUGAUAUGCUUGGAUGAACUUCUCCAGAAGGGUUAUGGACUAGGGUCUGGUAUUUCCCUGUUCAUUGCGACAAAUAUCUGCGAAAACAUAAUUUGGAAAGCAUUUAGUCCAACAACCAUCAAUAGUGGACGAGGAGCUGAAUUUGAAGGUGCUGUAAUUGCUUUAUUCCAUCUGCUGAUUACUCGUACGGACAAGGUCCGUGCUCUCCGUGAGGCGUUCUACCGGCAGAACCUUCCAAAUGUGACAAAUUUGCUCGCUACAGUCUUAAUCUUUCUCAUUGUUAUCUAUUUCCAAGGAUUCCGUAUUGUUUUGCCUGUGAGGUCAAAGAAUGCCCGUGGUCAACAAGGCUCAUAUCCGAUCAAGCUUUUCUACACCUCCAACAUGCCAAUCAUUCUGCAAUCUGCCCUUGUUUCCAACCUUUACUUUAUUUCUCAGUUGCUGUACAGGAGGUACAGUGGAAAUUUCAUUGUUAAUCUUCUUGGCAAGUGGAAGGAAUCCGAAUACUCUGGUGGUCAGUUUAUCCCUGUAGGUGGAAUUGCAUACUAUAUCACUGCACCAUCAAGCUUGGCGGAUAUGGCAGCCAAUCCUUUCCAUGCUCUGUUUUAUAUUGUGUUUAUGCUGUCAGCUUGUGCACUGUUCUCGAAAACUUGGAUUGAAGUUUCUGGAUCCUCUGCUAGAGAUGUUGCCAAGCAACUGAAGGAGCAACAAAUGGUGAUGCCAGGUCAUCGGGAAUCAAAUUUGCAAAAAGAAUUAAACCGCUACAUACCCACAGCGGCAGCCUUUGGGGGCAUGUGCAUUGGUGCAUUGACAGUGUUAGCAGACUUCAUGGGAGCAAUUGGAUCAGGGACUGGAAUUCUGCUUGCCGUCACUAUCAUCUACCAAUACUUCGAGACAUUUGAGAAGGAGAGAGCCAGCGAAUUGGGCUUCUUUGGACUUUAAGCCUGAUCAAGUGAUGAAGUUCCACUUGCUUGGUUGGACCUGUUUGUUCCAGUCU